AUGUCUUGGAAUGUUAGGGGCUUGAACCGGCCCCUGAAACAAAGUGAGGUUCGUUCUAUUGUUGCUGAAAAUAAGCUAGAUAUGUGUGCUAUUCUAGAAUCUCAUGUUGAUGUCUCUAAGUUGGCUAAAGUAUGUAAGUAUGUUUUUCGUAAUUGGUGCUGGACGUCCAAUGGGGGUUUAUGCUCACGGGGUACAAGGAUUAUUCUUGGUUGGAAUCCAAAUGUUUUUGAUGUUAUGGUCCUGUUUCAAUCAGACCAACUUAUGCAUGUUCAGGUUAUUUUUAAAGAUAGCAAAAAGCUCCUUUUUUGCUCUUUUGUUUAUGUUGAAAAUAAGUAUCAGGAUCGAAGACGCCUUUGGGAGGAUUUAUGUAAGCAUAGGGCUUUCUGUCAUGAUAAGCCGUGGGUGGUGAUGGGAGAUUUUAAUUCGGCUCUCAAUAUGGAAGACUCUUUGUUCGGAUCGUCCAAGUUGUCUAUUGGUAUGCAUGAAUUUAAUGAUUGUAUUCAAAAAGCUGAUUUGUUUGAUAUUAAAGCUCAUGGGCUGCAAUAUACUUGGAGUCAAAAGCCGAAAAGUGGGGUGGGUAUUCUCAAAAAGAUUGAUCGAAUUAUGGGUAAUAUUUCUUUUAUUGAUCAUUUUCCGGAUGCUUUUGCUUUGUUUCAUCCAUUUAGAGUUUCUGACCAUACCCCGUGCAUUUUAAGAACCGUGGCAUCUAGUGGAAAUCAGCCGAGACCUUUUAAAUUUCCGAACUUCAUUGUUAUGAAACCUGAAUUUAAGGAGGUUGUUAAAUGUGAAUGGGUUAAAACAGUUGAAGGUAUCUCUAUGCUUUCUGUUGUGAAGAAAAUGAGGAAUUUGAAGCCUAUGCUGAGGAAGAUUCUAUUCAACCAAGGUAAUCUACAUGCUAGGGUAAAUGAGUUGAGGAAAUCAUUGGAUGAUAUUCAGAGCCGAAUUGAUCAAAACCCGUUGGAUGUUCAGCUUCGACAAUUGGAGACUCAAUGUCUUCAAGAUUUUCAAUCAGCGGCAUAUGACGAAGAGUGUUUUUUAAAGCAGAAAUCUAAGGUAACAUGGCUGUGUGCGGGAGACUCCAAUUCUCGGUUUUUUCACAACUCUGUGAAAGCCAGAAAUGCUCGUACUAAAAUAUGUAGUAUUACGGACCGGUUGGGAGUGCGUCAUGAAGGGGAUAAUGUUGCUGAUGCUUUACUCGCGCACUAUAAGGAUUUUUUGGGGUUCGAUGGUACGGUUGAAACUGUUAACAUGGAUAAUCUCUUUGUUAAUGUGUUGAGUAGGGAGGUUGCGGAUCAAAUGGUUGCUCAAUAA